CUUAUGAAUGUUGGCUACCCUAUUGCGUUUAGUAAAGUUGCUUGGUAUGGUAAUGGAUUGAUGUUUAUUACAUAUGAAAAGUGUAAAACGUUUUAGCUACUUAAACAACUACUGAUGAAAUUGAUAAACAAUUUACAUUCAUUAGAUUCAAUAUUGUGUUAUUAAUUGUACAAUGACAUAGGUCAUUUGUAUGGUAGUGAUUGCUUGUUUAUAUUAAGCUAACCUAUAAAACUAUGGAUAUUCCAACUCCUUCGAAUGUAAAUCACGGAUUUUCUCAGAAUACGGAUGGAUUUUUAAACAUACCUAUUGAAUCUGCAAACUUGGAUCCAUUGUCUACAAAACGUAGAAGCUCUUCACGUACAAUAAAACGCAGAAAAUUUGAUGAUGAACUUGUUGAAACAACAUUUAACUUACAACCUCCAGCUGCGAGUACAAAGUCUGCCUCUAGAUCUAGAACUGUUUCAAUUUCUACUACUCCAAUGGAAUCAGCUGUCCCUCAGCAAAAUGUCCCAAGCCCUAUUCAAGUUUCUGCAAAUGUUUCUCAAUCGGAUAGAUGUAAUCGACGGACAAGUAGACCAGGUGGAUCGAAUGCUCCUGGAAGAAAAAACAAAAAGAGUAAAAAUCAUUCGCAUUCAGUGAAUGCUACAAAGGAUUUAGGGAGAUGGAAACCAACAGACGAUCUUGCAUUAAUCACUGGUGUACAACAGACAAAUGACUUAAGAAUGGUUCACAGAGGUACAAAAUUCUCUUGUCGUUUUACAUUGCAAGAGAUACAGCAAAGGUGGUAUGCACUGCUAUAUGACAGUGCAGUCUCAAGAGUAGCAGUACAAGCUAUGCGUAAUUUACAUCCAGAAUUAAUUGCCAGUGUGCAAGCCAGAACUUUGUAUAGUAAAGCAGAAGAAGAUCUCCUUGGUACAAUAAAAUCGACUCCUCAACCAACAUUGGAAGUGUUUCAAGAACUUCUUGAAUCAAAUGCCCACACAUUCUAUUCUGCAAGAACUGCUAAAGCUUUAUUAGCACAUUGGCAAUUAAUGAAACAGUAUCAUUUACUUCCUGAUCAAACUGUACAAAGUUUACCAAGAGGUGAACAUGUUCUUAACUUUUCCGACGCGGAAGAAAUGAUUAACGAUACAGAAUUGAUCGAACAAAAAGAUGAGUUAGUAGAUGCGGAACUUAUUGCAGCGGACAGGAGAAAUAAAAGAGAGAUAAGAGUGUUAGAAAAUGAAUUAAGCAGGUGGCAGGUUCUGGUUGAUAGUGUAACAGGAGUAAAUCCACCAGAUUUUGAUAAUCAAACUUUAGCAAUACUUAGAGGAAGACUUGUUAGAUAUCUAAUGCGAUCGCGGGAGAUUACUGUAGGUCGUUCAACGAAAGAUCACAGUGUUGAUGUAGACUUGACAUUGGAAGGACCGGCAUGGAAAGUUUCACGAAGACAAGGAACUAUACGUUUAAGAAAUAAUGGAGAUUUCUUUCUUUCUUCGGAAGGGAAGCGACCAAUUUUUGUCGACAGCAGACCUAUUCUUGCUGGAAAUAAAAUGAAGCUUAACAAUAAUAGCGUAAUCGAGAUUGCAGGGCUCAGAUUUAUAUUUUUAAUAAAUCAGGAACUCAUUUCUGUCAUACGUCAGGAAGUAGUUAAAUUGAAUCUAAAACCAUGAAUAUUUCAUCUCAUUCCUUAAUUAGCACUUCUUUUAUAAGUGUAUACAGAACUGUAUAAAAUACGUAAUUGUUCAAUUCAGAAGGUAAUAAAUUUUGCUCAAUUUUUUACUACCAUUUUUUGCAUUAUUAUUAUCAAUCUGUAGGUAUAACAAGAAUUUCUUAGUUUAUUGUUAAACAUAAAUCGGUUAAAUGUAUAGUUCGAAAUAGUUUUCUCUUAUCAACCGUACAAAUUAAAUUGUAUAUAAGAAUAUAUGUACAUAUGAAAUAAUUGAACGGAUUUUAAUUAAUACUAAAUUAUAGUUAUUUGUUAGAAGUAAUAAAGCCUUAAUAAAAGUAUUAUUGUAAAUAAGAGUUUGAUAAUAAUAAUUGCAUAUGAAAAUUU